AUGUCAUCAACCAAAUCUCGACCUACUUUAGCUGAACUUCCUCUGAACCCGAAUGACCCUCCAUACUCGGCAUGGGGUCUCUGGGGAGUUGAUGAUGAAGUCGGAACACUGAAUCUACUUGAUGAAUCCACCGUGACUAAGGCAGCCAGCGAAAUUCAAGUUGGCCAACGUUUCAGCCUGAACUGGUCCCUAGCAUCUCCUCGGACGCCAAUGUUCGGGAGGGAUACGUGUGAAUUUAGCCAUAAAGUAUACCAGCAUUCGCCCGAGCUCAUUGCACUUGAUGAUGAGUUACAUUUUAAUACACAGAAAAGUAGCCAGGUUGAUGGGCUACGCCACGCUGCUUAUCAAAAGUCCGGCUUGUUCUAUAACGGGAGGUCCAAAGAGGACAUCCUGAAAGCUGGUUCCCUCACAUUGGGAAUUCACCACUGGCACGACAAUGGAUUGUUCGCUGGUAGAGGCAUCCUGAUCGACUACUGGGCCUAUGCAAAGCGGCAUGGGAAGGCAUACGAUGCGACCGGUGGCGCUUCCAUCACGUACGAUGAGCUGAUGGCUUGUCUUGCCGAGCAAUCUCAACUCUCAAAGCAGACUAUCGAAUUUCGAAAGGGUGACAUGUUGCUGAUUCGAUCCGGCUUCACACACAACUACGUCAAACUAUCGGAGGACCAGGAGCGCAAGUCAGCACACACAACACCCCCAAAGUCCUGUGGGGUGGCUCAAGACGAGAGAAUGCUGCAGUUCCUUUGGGAGAAACAGGUGGCUAUGGUGGGAGGUGAUUCGCCGGCAUGGGAAUGCUUGCCCCCUGUCCCAUCUGCUAACUUCCUUUACCAUGAGGUCUUGUUAGCAGGAUGGGGAUGUCCGAUCGGAGAAUUGCUCUGGUUAGAGGACCUUGCUCGAGCCUGUGAUGAGCAUAAGAAAUGGACCUUCUUCCUCACAUCGGCCCCACUCAAUGUUCCUGGCGGAGUCGCUAGCCCUGCCAAUAUGAUUGCGAUCCUUUGA